AUGUUCUCUUAUCACACGGUUUGGCGCUUCGCCGUAUUCUAUGCGUACUCAGUGCCCAGGGGUGAUGACAUCUUAGUAGUGACGGCACGAUACUUUCUGCCGGCUUCAUGGCGGGACCUUUCCAAAUUAAGUUUUGGUCGCCUACGUUACGAGGUUAUUCCCGGUUGCAUUCUUGAUAGUGACGCCCAAGUUGUUCCUAGGAUUCACAAUCUAGAUUUUCCCGCUGUCGCACUUACCACCAGGGACACGCCCGCAAUGUCAUAUCCAUUCAAGCAUUACCACGAUCUCUAUACAACGAUCCCAGAAGGAUCACCCACUGAGAGUCCUAUCUUGACGACAGCGGCCAUUGUUGGCAUUUCCGUGAUGGCGAUAUUCUUCGUCGCAAUCACGUCUUGCUUCUGCUGCUGCGUUGCAUGCCGCCGCCGCAGCACAAUGAAGAGGCAGCCAUCACCAUCCCAGUCAAACAGGGGCAUCGAAUUCCGUCGACCUUCACAGGAGAGUCCGCCUCCACCUCUGUACUCGACGAAUCCGGAGCAGGGGAAAAGAAUAAUAGAUCACGUUUCCUGUAGCGUAGCCUUGUCGCCAUCACGAUUGGAGGAUGGGAACCAUAUGCCAACGGCACCGCCCCCAGCGUACCGACAAGUAAUACAUGAGCACGACCAUAAUUUGUGA